AUGUUCUCUUCAAAGUUCCUCAGUGGGGCCAAUCCCCUCAAUGCUGUGUCCUCUGCUGUAAAUAAGUUUGGCUUAUUUGGAGAUGAUGGGGAGGGGGAUAAAAAUAAGAAAGCACCCCCCCAGCAAGGAGAGAAGCCAUCUGGAGAACAGCAGCCAGGAGCAGGCCCUGGCAAAGUCCCUCAACAGCAACAGGGACCACAAAAGUCAGGCCAGGGGCCCCCUACGCAAAAGAACCAGCAAACUCCCAAACAAGGGUCACCACAGCUGCACGGGAAUGGAAAGGCUGGACUCCCAAACAAGCCUGGUGGGCAACAAGCUGCUCCGAAGGCAGGGGGACAGCCUGAAAGCCACCUUAAAGGGGAGCCACAAAAAAGUCUACCUAAGGGCCCAAUGCAGCAAGGGUCACCUGAGCCUGGAGCUCAUCAACAGAUUCUGCCUAAGAGUGGAGCACAACCAGUAUCUCCAAAGGCACCAUCUCAACAACAGGUUCCACUGAAGACAGGGAUGCAACAACAAGAGCCAGCAAAGUCUGGUGCACAGCAGAAACAACCAGCAAAGACUGUGCUGCAUGGGCCCUCAAAGGCUGGGCCACAACAACCUGGCUCGCAGCAAGGGUCACCUAAAGUAGGACAGCAACAGCAGGUGUCACUAAAAACUGGACCACAACCACAGGGCUCACCUAAACUUUCCCAACAACAGCAGGGCUCCCUAAAGGUUGCACAGCAACAACAGGGCUCAUCGACGGCAGGACAGCAACAGCAGGGCCUCAGGACUACAACCCAGCCGCCGUCCUCUGAUAAGUCUGGGCCUCAGCAACAGAGCCCCAAGGGACCUGGUACACCUGGCCAGUCUCGGGCAGGGUCUUCAUCACCUGCAACUACCAAAGCCGGAUCUCAGUCAAAAGUAGUAGCUAGGUCCCUUUGCCCAGUGUGUAACACAACAGAACUUAGUAUGCAUACCAAGGAACCACCUAACCAUAAAACCUGCACACAGUGUAAAACUCAAGUGUGUAGCUUGUGUGGCUUCAGCCCUCCAGACUCCGAUGGUCGUGAGUGGCUUUGUCUUACCUGCCAGAUACAGAGAGCUCAAGGGACUUCUGAACCACCAGGACCACCCAUGAAAAAGCCCACACCCAGCAAAGUUUCUCCUGCUCAGAAGCCGAUGCCUUCUCCUGCUGCACCUUUCAAAAAAGAGACGUCUGCACCAGGUUCACCUCAGAAAAUGCAGUCUAAUGUUCCAGCCAAGGCUGAAGCUGCUAAGGCAUCAGAGAGUCAAAAACAGGCCAGUCCAGCACCUGUUCAGAAAAUGACACCUGAGAUCCAGAGAGCACCUGUGUCUCAAAAGCCGGACCAGACUAGUCAAACUGGACGCAAGCAAAGCAGUGCCACUCCAGCUCCCAAGCAGGAGUCAGGAACUUUAUUUGGCUUUGGUGGUGCUAAAACCGAACCUGCAAAGACUCAAGAGUCAGUGACUGGGAAAAUGUUUGGUUUUGGUUCCUCCAUUUUCAGUUCUGCUUCUACUCUGAUAGCCUCAGCUGUUCAAGAUGAGCCCAAAACCACACCACCAGUUUCUCCUAAAAUGCAGCCUGCAAAGCAGACCAAACCACCUUCUGACCAAAUGUCAGACCAAGACAAGAAAAAAGAGCCAGCCCAGCAGCCAAAGGCUAAUCCAGCAGGGCAGGGCAAAGUGGUAAAGGUUUCAUCUGAGACUCCACAGGCUUCCCAAAAUGCUCAUAAAGCCGGCCAGUCCACAUGUCCACUCUGUAAGGUUGUGCUCAACGUGGGCUCAAAGGAUCUUCCCAACUACAACACCUGCACUGAAUGCAAAAGCAGUGUCUGCAACCAGUGUGGAUUUAACCCCAUGCCGAAUGUUAAAGAGGGGAAUGAGUGGCUUUGUUUGAACUGCCAGGUCAAACGAGCUACUGGAUUAAGUGAACCCCAGAAAGACGUGUCAAUGGUCACUUCAUCAUUAAAAAAGACAACUACACAGCCAACACUUCUUAAUAAGUCCGCACCAGGCAGUCCUCAGAGAAAAGGGUCAACACCAGCAACACAAUCAGCCAAGGCUGGGGUUGCUAAAGUACCAGAUGUUCCUAAAGAGGCCAACCCAUCUCCUGGUCAGAAAACACCUCAGGAGAGCAGGAAAACUGGUCUUCAGAAACACCCAGACCAGACAAGCCAAACUGCACAAAAGCAGGGGAAUGCCACUACAGUUAAACAACAAGAUUCAGGAGGCUUCUUUGGUUUAGGUGGUUCAAAGAGUCAAACUGAUGCUGCAAAACCUGCCGAGUCAGUGAGUGGAAAGAUGUUUGGUUUCGGUUCCUCCAUCUUCAGUUCUGCAUCCACUUUGAUUUCCUCAACUGCUCAAGAUGAGCCCAAAAUUACACCACCCGUCUCUCCCAAAAUUACACCUGCAAAGGACCCCAAAUCCCCCAAGAAACCAGAUCAAAAAGAGACACAGAAAGAACCCCAGCAGGCCAAGUUUCCUCCAUCAGUACAACCGAAAAAAGACAAUGCUCCAUCAAAGCAAUUAUCAGCGUCCCCACUCAUUUCCAAAGUAGACCAGUCUACCUGUCCUCUCUGUAAACUGGAACUCAAUGUAGGCUCUAAAGACCCUCCAAACUACAACACCUGCACAGAGUGCAAAAACACUGUGUGUAACCAAUGUGGAUUCAACCCCAUGCAAAAUGUUAAGGAGGUGAAGGAGUGGUUAUGUCUCAACUGUCAGAUGCAGAGAGCACUGGGAGCAUCAGAGCCUCCAGGGACCCCCAUGAUGAAACCACAGACCUCACCAAACAAAGUUAUUGCAUCUGCCAAUGCUCAAAAGAAGGAGAGUCACCAAAUAGAUAAAUCUCAGAAGAAAGACAUUCCAAAACCUGCUGAAACUAAAAUAAAUGAGGUCUCUGCACAAGUCUCUCCUCAGAGAAAACCAUCAACUCCAGCAGUGCAGCCAACAAAGGCUGGAGAUGUGAAAGGAUCAGUAAGUCAGAAACAGGUCAGCCCAGCUCCAGGUCAGAAAACACCACAAGAUGGCCAGAAGACAGGUCCUCAGAAACCCUCACAACAGACAAGCCAAGCUGGUCGUAAGCAGAGUAGCAGUGGCUCAACAACACAAGAGGAAUCUGGAGGGUUCUUUGGAUUUGGUGGUUCUAAACCUCAACCUGAUGCUGCAAAGCCUGUUGAAUCACUGGGAGGAAAAAUGUUUGGCUUUGGUUCUUCCAUCUUCAGUUCUGCAUCAACGUUAAUAAAUUCACCACCAGUUUCUCCCAAGAUGCCUGCUGCAUCAGCAACGAAAUCACCUCUUGCUCAGAAACAAGGGCAGGAGAAGAAAUCUGAGCAAGUCCAACAGCCCAAGCCCUCUCCAUCACUACAAGCCAAAGUAGAAAAGGCUCCACAUGAGCCUUCAAAGGGUUCAGCCGCUUCCCCAGCUAUUCCCAAAGUAGGGAAAUCUACCUGUCCACUGUGUAAGGUGGAACUCAACUUUGGCUCCAAGGAACCUCCCAACUACAAUAAAUGCACUGAAUGCAAAAACACUGUCUGUAACCAAUGUGGAUUUAAUCCAAUGCCAAAUGUUACAGAGGUUAAAGAAUGGCUAUGCCUGAACUGUCAGAUGCAGAGAGCUGUCAGUGCAUCUGAACUCACUGGACCUCCUAUGAAAUCUCAAACUGCAGCUAACAAAAUUCCAUCUGCUGACCAUCAAAAAAUAACAGUGGAAAUUUCAAAGAAGGAAUUAUUGAAAUCUAACAUACCUCCGACGCCUGAUACAGUAGAAAAGGAGGGGUUCACACCAGGUUCUCUUCAGAAGACACCAACUACAGCAGGAACACAGGCAGAUAAGGCUACUAAAGGACCAGAGAACGACACAAAGGCUAGUCCAACCCCUGACAAGAAAUCAGGUGCUCUGAAGCCAACUGACCAGGCAAGUCAACAUGUGUUAAAGCAGACUAAGGUGGCCCUUGAUACACAGCAGAAAGCAGGAGGCCUGUUUGGCUCAGGCGGUCCUGUAACAGGCCCCGAUACUUCAAAAACAACAGAGUCCAUGACUGGGAAGAUGUUUGGAUUUGGUUCUUCCAUUUUCAGCUCAGCAUCCACUUUGAUAUCAUCUGUCCAGGAAGAAUCACGAACUACACCACCAGGCUCACGCAAGAUGUCUGCACCAGCACAAGUCUCUCCCAAGAUGUCUGCUGUCCCCAAGAUUUCUCCAAUAGGUACACCAGCAGUUUCUCCAAAAAUGUCGCCAGCAAGAGAGGCUAAAACUAUUACUCAGAAGCCAGAGCAGGAGAAGAAACCAGAGGUACCACACCCACACAAAGAGGACAAAGCUUCAACACAGCCAGGAAAGGCAGCAACAGUGCCACAAAUGCCUCCAAAUGCAGACAAGGCCACCUGUCCGCUGUGUAAGGUGGAGCUUAAUAUCAACUCAAAGGAUCCUCCAAACUAUAAUACCUGCACUGAGUGCAAAACCACCGUCUGUAACCAAUGUGGAUUCAACACCAUGCCUGUAAGUGAGGUGAAGGAGUGGUUGUGUCUCACUUGUCAGAUGAAACGAGCUCUUGGAGCAGCACAGCCCCCUGGAGAGGCUUCUGUCAAUGCUCUGCUUGCAAAACCUCAAAAGAAAGACAGCCUCAGUCCACUUGAACGAGAAAAGAAAGAGUCAUCGGCACCACAGUCACCCCAAAGGAAACCAUCUGUAACAGCACAGCCAGCUGCAGCUGAGGGUGCCAACAAGAGAGAGAAUCAGAAACAGGCAAGCCCGGUUCAUUCUCAGAAAAUGCCACAGGGCCCCCAGAAAACGACAGGUCUUAAUAAAUCACCAGACCCUGCAAGACGAACUCAACAUAAGCAAAGUGAUGCCACAGCAGUGACACAACAAGAAUCAGGAGGCUUCUUUGGUUUGGGUGGUGGGAAAACUCAAGUCAGUGCUGCAAAGCCUGCGGAGUCAGUGAGUGGGAAGAUGUUUGGCUUUGGUUCUUCAAUCUUCAGCUCUGCAUCUACAUUGAUAACCUCAGCUGUUCAGGACCAGCCCAGGACUACUCCACCAGUUUCUCCAAAGAUGUCUCCAGCCAAAGAGAUCAAAUCCCCUGCUGCCCAGAGGAAAGCAGAUCAGAACAAGCCAGAAAAACCCCAGCAGACCAUGACACCCCCAUCRGUACAGGCCAAAGUGGACAAAGCACCAUCAGAGCUUCCAAAGGCUGGAGCAGGUUCCCAAGUAGCUGUUAAACCAGGCCAGUCAACCUGUCCACUCUGUAAGGUUGAACUCAACAUUGGGUCUAAAGAUCUGCCAAACUACAGCACAUUUCAGGAGGACUCCCACACAACACAGCAAACUUCUCAAGGAUCUCUGAAGUCCAGCCCGCCAGUUUCUCCAAAGAUGACUUCAAAAAAAGAGGCCCAACCUCCUGCUGCUCCCAAACAACACCUGGAAAAGACAUCAGACCAGGCUCCUCCAUCAGGACCGACCACAGUGGACAAAGGUCCAUCAGAGCCUGUAAAACCAGAAGCCUCCCAAGCUUCUAUGACAGUGAAGGAAUGGCUUUGUCUCAACUGCCAGAUGCGGAGAGCACUUGGAGCUUCUGAACCUCCAGGGCUUCCAAUGAUAAAACCCCAACUUUCACCAAGCAGAGACCUAUCUGCAACCCCCCAGAAGACAGAAAUCCCAACACCAGCUUCUCAUGAAGACAUCCCUAAACCUUCCAUACCCAAAAAUGAGCUUGUUAAUGUUGUCACUACCAAAGAAAUUGAAUCCCCGGCUCUGGGUGGUCCAACAAAGAAAAUUGCCCCUGAAGCUGCUCCAACAAUCACAAAGACUGGAGAAACAUCAAAAGAACAGCCUGGUAAAGCCCAGCAGCAGCCAGCAAAAGCUGUGACUUCUACUACUAAAUCUGCUCCUCCACCAGAUAGAGAGUCAGGAAAACCUCCUCCACAGCCUCUAAAAGCUGGGACUUCUCCAGCCAAAUCUGUACCUCCAACAGCUCAGCCUGCAAAACAGGAGUCAGGAGGCUUCUUCGGGUUUGGUGGUCCUAAAACACAGCCUGCCGCAGCGAAACCUGCUGACUCAGUAGCAGGAAAAAUGUUUGGUUUUGGGUCAUCUUUCUUAAGCUCUGCAUCCACUUUAAUAACAUCGGCUGUCCAGGAUGAACCUAAAACUACACCACCAACACCACGUAAGAUGUCGACUGCAGCCCCUGUCUCUCCUAAAAUUACACCACCACCCUCUCCUAAAAUGCCACCUGCAAAAGACACCAAGCCAUCUGCUGUCCAGAAAACGGAUGAGAAGAAACCAGAGAAACCACUGCAGGAAAAGACAAUACAAGUCAAAGUGGAUAAAACUCAAUCUGUGCCCCCCAAGGCACCAGUAGACACCCAAGGUGCUCCAAAAGCAGAUAAGUCCCUAUGUCCACUGUGUAAGGUCGAACUCAACAUGGGCUCCAAAGAUCCUUCCAACUACAACACAUGCACAGAAUGCAAGAUGAUAGCCUGCAACCAAUGUGGAUUCAAUCCAAUGCCAAAUAUGGCAGAGGUACAGGAAUGGCUUUGUCUGAACUGCCAGAUGCAGAGAGCCCUAAGAAUAUCUGAGCCCACUGGACCUCCUGUAGCUAAACCACAGCCCUCCCCAAGUAAGGUUUCUACACCUCCUUUGUCUGAACACAAGACUGUGCCAACAUUAGAACAGAAGGAGAAAUCCACUGAAUCAGCAGUCAAAAAAGAAGUCACUCAAACAACUCCACAAAAGAAAGAAGCCCCAAAAGCUGAGGCCCCCCUGCAACCUGCAGUCCAAACAAACACCUCACAGCGAGGUGUUAUGCCAAAGACACAGGUGGUUUCAGGUACUGAACAAGGACAGGGCAAGAAUUUUGCUGUUCAACUGCCGCCUGUUGAAAAAGCCCAACAAGUAGAGCUUUCUCAAAUUACAAAACCAGAGGCAAAGGCAGGUUUUGCAAAGCAAGAAGUUGUGAAACCACCACAACAGCCAUCAAAGUCUGUGAACCCUCCUGUGAAAUCUGCAGCACCACCAGCCCCGCCUGCUAAACAGGAGUCAGGAGGUUUCUUUGGCUUUGGUGGUCCUAAAACACAACCUGCUGCUGCAAAGUCUGCUGAGUCAGUCACUGGGAAGAUGUUUGGCUUUGGCUCCUCUAUCUUCAGCUCUGCAUCUACACUGAUAACCUCAGCUGUUCAGGAGGAACCUAAAACUACACCACCUACUCCACGUAAGAUGUCCAUGACAGCCCCUGUCUCUCCUAAAGCUACACCUCCAGUUUCUCCAAAAAUGCCUCCUGCAAAGGAGACCAAACCACCUGCUGUACAAAAAUCAGAGCCACUUCAGCAGACCAAGUUCACUCAACCAGCACAGGCAGAAGUAGAAAAAGCUCCACCAAUGCCCGCAAAGUCUAAAGAAGUUACCCAAGUUGCUCCUAAGACAGAAUUGUCUACCUGUCCACUCUGUAAGGUUGAACUCAACAAAGGAUCGAACAAUCCCCCGAAUUACAACACCUGCACCGAAUGCAAGAGCUUGGUGUGCAACCUUUGUGGAUUUAACCCCAUGCCUCAUACAGCAGCGAAGGAAUGGCUGUGUCUGAACUGCCAGACUCAAAGGGCUUUGUUGGGACAACUUGGAGACUCCACGCCUUCACCUGCAUCUGCGAAGCCAGAAACCCAGGCCACACCUGCAAUCAAAAAGGCAGAGCCUACACCUGCAGCCAUAAAAUCACAGGCCAGACCUGCCCCCAUCAAGGCAGAAGCGAUUCCAGCCCCAAAGAUGGAUCCUACAUCAGUCAAGAUGGAAGCAACACCUACAGCAGCUUUAACCCAAAUCGAGCACAAGACCAUAGUCAUACCCACAGCAGCAAAAAGUUCCCCUGUUACAGAAGAAAAACAGCCUCCAGACCAAGAUGAGACCAAAAAAGAGCCAAUAAAGGAAAGAAAUGUCGCCCCACCGACUGGGGAGGUGCUUCUAAUGGCUACUGGGCGCAAAUCUAAAGAAGAGGAACAUGAUGAUCAACCCCAGAUUCUACCUAUAUUACAGGAAUUAAAGGAUGAGCAGGUGGUUAGUGACACAAGGGAAAAUGAUACAAAUACAGAGCCAUCCAUGCCAGUAAAUGAGGAAGCUAAAGCUGAAAGAAGGCGUCUAAGUUUCCAAGCAAUCAAUCAAAGCAGUGAAAGUGACCUCACACCAUCACCCUCACCUAGGUUCCAAAGAAGGAGGCUAAAGGUGACAAAGGUUUCAUCUAGUGAAAGUGAGGACAUCAAAACUGAAAGCCCUGACUCCUCUGCUGAAGAUGAAGAGUUUAUCCGCAAACAGAUAAUGGGUAUGGGUGAUGAAGAAGAAAUGUCUCUUUCAGACGAUGAGAAAGGAAAUGAUUUGGCAAAUGAGGGAGUUUUCAAGGAAGCAGAGCUUGAUAACACUACAGUGACAGCCAAACCACUGUUUAGAGAAGGUAGCAUAGACAAUGAAGACAACUCAGCAGGGAAAAUAGCUCUCCCAAAAACUGGCACUGCGACUGCUCAAGAUGUUCCUGAAACAAUGCCCAGCACUGCUUUCAGGAAAGCCAUCCCUGCCAUGAGACAGAGACAAAGCACUGAUGACGAAGUAGAGAGCAUCACAGAAUCUCUGUCAAAGGGAUCAUCUAGUGUUCAGGUAUCUAGCUUUACUCCAGGAUCUUCACCUACAUCAGCCUCAUCACUUGAGGAGGAUAGUGAUAGCAGCCCCAGUCACAGGAAAGUCAGUGGGGACAAACGGCAUCGAAAAGGUAAGCACAGGCAGCCAACCCAGCCUCUCCCAACUAUUGAAGACUCAUCUGAAGAAGAGAAGUUUAAGAAAGAUAAAGAUGAACUUAGAGCCCAUGGUCAACCACUGUCUCCGACUGAAGAUGUUUCCUCCACAGAGGAUCUGAGACCAUAUGAAACCAGCAGACCAACUGACUCUGAGUACUAUGCCAGCAUAGAAUCAGAAACAGAGGUUCGACAAGCUGUACAGCGAGGACGUAAGCCUUCACCAACAGUGAUACCAUAUACUCCCACUGAUCCAUUUAAUGAGAGUGAGGCUGUGACAAAAUCAUUGAAGAGUGCUGAAGAAGCAUAUGAGGAAAUUAUUCAGAAGACAAAAUCAAUACCAGGGGAGAGUCCUCCUGAUAUUGAGCCACUCUAUGGAGGAAUGGCAAUUGAGGACUAUCUUUAUGAAUCCUUAGUCGAGGAGCCUGAUAUUAAGUUGAGUGAAUCUCAAGAGGAAGAACCCACACAGAGUACUGGCUUUGAAUCGCUCAAAAAACUAAGGUCACCUGAAGAGGUUUAUGAGGAGAUGAUGCAGAAAAAAAGAGAAUUGAUCAUGAUAGAGCAAGAGUUUCAGCAGGCCCAGACUGCCAUGGAAUGUUCCCCUACAGGGGCUUUAGUCUUUGGGCCUCCAUCAAUUUCUGAGACCUGUGUGGUAACUAUGCCUAUGGAGGAGACAUUCCUCACUGAACAAACUGAUAUGCCUAUUACAGGCACUGAAACUCUCAGUGAAGUACCAGCAAAGAAAAAGAAACGGCCUGCUCCACCCCGCCCCUCUGAACCCCCUAAGCGCUCUGAUGUGACUGUUCACUGUACCCCAAGUGUAUCUAUAGGUUUUGUCAGGCCUAUGGUUCCUCAAGAUCCUGCACUCAGAAAAGCAUUGUUCCCCAUACCAGACCUCAAGAUAACUCAGUGUUCAUCUGGGGAGGAAGAGGAUGACAGUCUUGCAGAUGAGUAUGGUGUUGGCAUUUCCUCUGACAUUACCCCCAGUGAUGACUCUGAGACUAAGGAAGAUCCAUCAAUAAGUCCAACUUUGUCUGAAAUCACUGAUGUUGAGCCUAUCUGUGUGGUCUGUGAAAUUCCAGAGCCAAAACCUAUUCCAACUCCAAUAUCAGCCCCUGAACUCACCAAUACACCUUCCCCCGUAUCACCAGUGUCGCCUCCAACUUCACCCGCCACUCCAGAUUCUAGUUUGGUUUCUAAUGCUACUUCUUCAUCCCCAUUCCAAGCUCAAACGCCUCUUUCAUCAGAUUCAACUCCACUGUCUACACCAACACCUCCAACUUCAUUUGUAACACAAUCACCUGUAGAGGUCUUACCACCAUCACCUGCCACAAUUAGAGUAGUACCGUCUAGUGGGGACUCAAUAGUUACAAUACCAGAUGUGGUGUCUGAUCCAUCCAAAGCUCAAACCACAGCAGUAGUUCAAGUUAAGCCUUCUACCACUAUACUACCAACUCAAAUCCCAGUGGAGAUGUCUCCUGUACCUGUUGUGGUCCAAAUGCCAGACUUAGUUUCAUCUCCAUCUCAGUUGCCGAUGGAGGCACCAGCUGUCAUACAGACUUCAGCACCAAGUCCAGGACCUGCUGUUGUCUCAGCUAGACCAACAGCCCUAGUUACAGCGACACCUGUGACAUUCUCUACUCCAGCUUCAGGUCAUGUUGUGUCUGGUUCUGUCACUCUGGCCUCAUGCCCUGGUCCAGUCAUUGUCCAGAUGCCUGACCUGGUUUCAACUACAUCUCCAAUCUCUGCACAAACCCCACUACCAGUCUCAGCCCUUGUAACAACACCUGCUAAAGCCCAAGCCAAAGUGCAAAGCACAACACCAGGACCACAUAGUCAAGCUGCCAAGCCUCCCCCACCCAUACCACCGAAGCCUUUAUCAAUUCCAGCUGGAUUGGUUUUCAGCCACAAGCCAGGAGAGAGUGUCAAGCCCCCUCCUCCUGUAGCCCCUAAAGCCGCAACACUGCCCAGGACCAAAGAACCUCCAAAUGCUCUGUCACUUAGCAUAACACGACCUGUGGAGUCUAAGUUUGGUUUGAUGUCUCCCAAGUCACCCCUGUCUCCUAGACAUGCCAAAUGUUUGCAAACCUAUGUGGUGAUAACACUUCCAUCUGAGCCUGGCUCACCAACAGAGAGUAUAACAGUCCAGGCACCUAUAAGAAGAGGCUCCAUUCCAGCUGCAAGAGUGUCAGGGGUACAGACCACACCUUCAGAGCAGAAAACACCUACUGAGGAAUUCUCAGCACAGGAUACACCUCUGGAGAUAAUCACAGAUGCAUACAGCAGGAGAACCUCAUUGCCCAAUGUACAGGACAUUCCACAGAGUGUGUCUGGGACCCCAGUCACCAUAACAAAAAUUCAGCAAGAGUCUAUUGAGAGCCAAGAGAUUCGUGGACCAGAAAAGGUUGUCUCAAGUAUGAGUCACAUGUAUUCGUCUUCAAUUUCAACUUCAGGUCAACCCCCUGAAAGCCUGCCCAGCCUGGUCACUCAGGUGGUCACGACUGAGGUCCAGAGGACUACUGUCUCUGUUGUCCAUGAAAGACUUCCACAGGUCCCUCCACCCAGUGUAGCAAUCACUAUACAACCAGACAUAGCUAAAGUCCAAACUCUGCCAAAAAAGAAUGGGAAGAUAAUAUAUCCUGGUGAUGUUAUCGAUUUACGUACCAUGAAGGUUGGCCUAAGGAUGACGGAACAAGGCAUGGACCUGUCACAACCUGAGUCACGUCGACAGUCUUUCUCUAGUGACUCAAGUGGGCGACAAAUCACAGCAGUGCAGCCUGAGAUAGUAAAUCUUAGUUCAGAGAUCACCCCUACAACCACAUUGUCGGUUGUCACUGACAGUAUCACAAUAGUCACAUGCACAGCAACCAUUGCCUCAUAUAACAACACUCCAGCAGAGAAACCUCUUGAUUUACAGGGCCCUGUGACAUCAUUACCUCUGCCUCUCACCACUUGCAAACCAUUUGAACCACUUGCACAGAUUGUAUACAGACCUGUGAAUUCUCAGCCCUUGGUCAGUUCAGUAGCAUCUAGAGCUCAGGACAUUCCCAUUAAUCUCUCUUUUGGAGCACUUGUAUCUUCAGAAGUCCAACAGCCACUGACUUUGACCCCAGCUGCUAUCAGCAAUGGAGGCCCCGUGCUUUCUCUAGAAGCUACAGGGGCAAUGGAUCUGUCAAACUACAGACCAGUGAGAGCUAUGGUAGCUUUGUCCGGCACAAGCCCAGGAGUGGUGACCACCGUUGUAGAAGAUGAUGGGACUCCAGUUGAUCUCACAGCUAGUCGGAGGAGUGUAUGCUGUGAUGUAAUUUACAAGCUACCAUUUACAGGAAGCUGCAGAACACAGCCACCGGUUAUAACCCAGCCAGACAACCGUUUUGGUUACAGAGAUGACCACUACCAAUAUGACAAUGCUGGAAUUUAUGGUAUCAAAGGCAUGAAUAGGGUAAAAGCAUCAAUGUCUGAGACCAACCUGACAGAAGCAGGACUCUUCUCCCAUGAUUCCAAGGAUGACUAUGACUAUCUCAGUGGAUCUUCAGAUGGUGCUAUAGACCUCACUGCUGCUAAACUUUCUCCUGGUAAAGCACUUGACUACACUAACAAAACUACUGGAGUCUACCAUGGGAUGACUACUGAUCCAUACUCCCAGAUCCCUGCAGCUGCUUUUGGUGUUAAUAGUGCUCUAAGAACCUCAGAUGGAAUUGUUUACUCCUCAGUCUCUGCGCCAGUUCCAUCCACGUAUGCAAUUACAACUCAACCAGGCUCUGUCUUUAGCACCACCUUUACACCUACAUCAACAGUCCAAAACCAGUCAGUGCCAUAUCCAUAUGGCUUAAUUCCCACUACAGACCCAGGACAGAUCAUUCCUUUUGACACAGGCCUACCUAAGGAGCUUCUACCCACAGCUUUAGCUGACAUUAUAACAGGCUAUCCAGAAAUGUACUCUGACACCACUCUGGAAGCAAUUGCUGCCUCUCUGGAUGCCUUGGCUUCUUCCCCAAUAUUCCCUGGCUUAGACAACACCAAGAUGGCCCAGUACCAGAUGGAGAGGGAGUUUCUAGAGCUAGAGAAACUUAAGCAACUGUGUCUUGCUGAGGAGUUAGAGUGGGAGAGACAGGAGAUACAGCGUUACCGUGAGCAGGAACAGCUUAUGGUCCAAAGGGAGCUUGAGGAACUUCAGGCUCUGAAACAGCAGCUUCUCCUGCAGCAAGAGGAAGAGCACCAUGCCCACAUGGUGGCCCAGCAGGAGACUUAUGUCCAACAGAAAGAGCAGCUGCAGCAAAUCCAACAACUCCAAAUCCAACUCCAACGCCAGCUAGAUGAGCACUACAGUAGCACCGGCACCCCAGGAAACCUCCUUGAUGCUAAAUAUGCAGGAGUAGGGGAUGGUGGUCAGUAUUGGCCUGUCAAAGAUGAGUCUACAACUCCAUCAAUUGGAGCACAGUUAGAGGAAAGCCAGGACCAACUUAGUUUAGGAAGUAAGCUGCAAGCUGACCAGGACACAGGGAAAAAAAUUAUUGAUAGUGGAGUGCAGACAGAUGACGAAGACUCAGCAGAGAAGCAGCCUGUGGGAAGAAGAAAAAAGAAUAAGAGAAAUGUUGACAGCUCAGCUCAGACUGAUGAUGAAGACCAAGAUGAAUGGGAAGCCCCCACAAAAGCUCGACGGCGCUCCCGAAAACAUAGCAGUGAUGGGAAACAUGGCUCUAAGGUCUCUAGCAUUGCUAUCCAGACAGUGGCAGAGAUAUCAGUCCAGACUGACCACUCUGGAACAAUCAAACGACCCAAUGUCAAGAUGGACACGAAGGUGGAAAUUAUAAAGCAUAUCUCAGCUCCUGAAAACUCUCAGAGAGGAGGCAGUCUUAGCUGUCAGACAGACUCAGAUAGAAGGUACACACCUAUUGAGGUGGGAUACAGCACACACCUAACAGCGGAUGUUCCCUCCAAGUCUAAAAUCUUCUAUACUGCAGUGUCUCCAUUGUCCCCAGAAAAGUCACUUGGAGGGCAGAGGAUGCUAACUGCUGAUCCAACCAGAUUUUCCUCUGGCCCUCGGAUAUUAAAGACUGGUCAAAAGUCUCUAUCUGAUCCUACAUCCCUGAGUCCCACCAUGGAUGACAGGAUGAGUGGAUACAAUGCAGACAGCUAUACUGGACGGGGCUCUCCCUCUGGCACAGGAAAGAAAGUAAAACGGACACUGCCAGACCCCCCUCCUGAGGAUGACCCUCUUACAGGAAGGUCAGGCUACAGCACCAACUCUGCACGUCGUCGUCUUGCCCGCAGUACAACAAUGGCUCGGGCAAAGAUCCUGCAGGACAUUGACAAGGAGCUCGAUCUGGUGGAAAGAGAAUCCUCUAAGCUUCGCAAGAAACAGGCUGAGCUAGAUGAAGAGGAAAAAGAGAUUGAUGCCAAGCUUCGGUACCUGGAGAUGGGUAUCAAUAGACGUAAGGAUGCCUUGCUGAAGGAGAGAGAGAAGAGAGAGAGGGCCUAUCUCCAGGGGGUGGCAGAGGAAAGAGAUUACAUGUCAGACAGUGAGGUUAGCAACAUUAGAGAGAGUAGGGGUGAUGGCCUGGAGAGACCACGGACAGCUCCCCAAUCUGAGUUUGACCAAUUCAUCCCCCCACAGACAGAAGCUGAUUCCCAGUACAACACACUAACUAGUCCCUACUCCCACUAUGCCCAGUAUGUUCCCCAGACCCAAACCACCAGUCCCUAUACCCAACAGAACCUAUACCAGCAGCAGUCCCUCUACCACCAACAGGUGUCUCCUUACCCAACUCUAACCCUAUCCCAUGCCCAGGCUCAGUCAAAUAGUUACCAACAUGCUCUGCUCUUGCAACAGGGAAAGCAGCGACAAACCACUUUGUCUGAUUUAGAGCCUAAGAUCAAUACUAACUAUGAAGUAAUACGCAACCAACCUCUGCUCAUUGUACCAACCUCCACAGAAAGUGGCUAUGGAGUGGCUCACCUGGGGGGCAAAUAUGGCAACUUGGACUUGAGGCUAGGGAUAGAGGAGAGGAGCAUGGCCUCUAGUCCCAUGUCUAGUAUAUCUGCUGAUUCUUUCUAUGCUGAUAUUGACCACCACAAUGCCAGGAACUAUGUAUUGAUAGAGGACAUAGGGGAGCUCACCAAGUCUUCAACCGGGCUGAGCAACACCGGCAUGGGUUCAGGAUUCAACCUGCCUGAUAAGGAGUUGUCCAAGGCAGACAGACUACUAAGAGCAGCAGAAGUCAGGCGCACAGCAGAGGUGGCAGAGUUUUUAGGCUCAUCUCGUCUUCAAGGUUAUGGUAAAGGAGAAGAUGACACUAUGGAGGAGCCUUAUGAGCUAAAACUACUGAAGCAGCAGAUCAAGCAAGAGUUCAGGCGAGGAACUGAGGGGCUAGAACACUUAACAGGUUUGGCCCUCCCCCAGUAUCUCCCCAGUGACGGCAGUUUUCGCCAUUUUCCCAAAGGAGAGAAAUAUAGCAUUGGUAGGCUCACCCUUGAAAAACAGGCUGCAAAGCAACUACCUGCAGCUGUGCUUUACCAAAAACAGAUGAAGAACAAAAAGGCCCUAAUAGACCCUAAAGCCAUCACUAAAUUUUCCCCAAUUCAGGAGAGUAGGGACCUGGAGCCUGACUAUGGCAGCUACAUGGGGUCUGGGGCCUCCUCUGUGAGCAAUCUGGCGGCUAGGGCUAGGUUGCUUCAGGAUGAGAUUACAUUUGGGCUAAGAAAGAACUUGUCUGAGCAGCAAAAAUACUUGGGCUCCUCUCUGGGGGCGAACCUAGCUGGUUCUCUUAAUCUUGGGCAGUCCCUUGGAUUGGGAUCUACUAUCAGAGCCACUGCCCAGGAUGAUGGCACCUACCCAAGUGGCAGUCGUUCCCGACCUUCAUCCCGCCCCUCCUCUCGCCCCUCUUCUGUCUAUGGCUUGGAUCUAUCUAUUAAACGGGACCUAUCCAGCUCCUCACUUAGACUUAAAACAGAGGGAGAGGUCUUGGAUGCAGCAUUUGCCCCUGGGGUGGCCAGAGUAAAGCCAACUAGUUUACCUAUCAGCCAAAGCCGGGGCCGCAUCCCCAUUGUGGCUCAGAACUCUGAGGAAGAGAGCCCUCUGAGCCCAGUGGGGCAGCCUAUGGGCAUGGCUAGAGCCUCAGCUGGACCUCUCCCUCCCAUCUCUGCUGACUCCAGGGACCAAUUUGGGUCUAGCCAUUCCCUGCCAGAGGUACAGCAACAUAUGAGGGAGGAAUCCCGAACGCGUGGCUAUGAUCGAGACAUUGCAUUCAUCAUGGAUGACUUGCAAGGUGCCAUGUCUGACAGCGAAGCACUAAGUGAGUCGAUGCUGGCUUUGAACAGAGAUGAUGCCAGAAUCUUUCAUGAAAGUAUCAGACACGCUGGAGGCCCAAACUGGAAUAUAGAAGCCUACCACUUGAGGAGAGAGGACACAGACUGGUUUGACAAGCCAAGAGAAGGGCAUCUGCAGAGUGGAAGCAUGUCUGACAAAAGACAGAUGAAACUGGUCCCUUAUGCCUUCCCUCACAUUUGCGUCAAGCUUAAGAGAGACCUGCAGGACACCAGUGUGUCAGGGAAUGGACUUGGAAUUCGUGUAGUGGGUGGAAAGGACAUUCCAGGGGGCAGAGGAGAGAUCGGAGCCUAUGUUGCCAAGGUUAUCCCUGGUGGUGUGGCAGAACAGACAGGAAAGGUUGUAGAAGGAAUGCAGGUGCUGGAGUGGAACGGAGUCCCUCUGAUGGGGAAGACUUAUGAAGAAGUGCAGUGCAUCAUGGGCCAGCCAUGUGCCGAGGCGGAGCUCUGCGUGAGACUCGACCUUAAUAUGCUGUCUGACCCUGAGCACCCACAAGCCCUGGAGCACCAUGUACAGCUUAAGGCUGGUGGGCAGCGUUCCCCUGGCGUGGAUCCUAAGCAGUUGGCUGCAGAGCUGCAAAAGGUGUCGCAGCAGCAGGUUCCCGGUCUGGCCGGAACAGGGGUUUUGACCGGGAGUUUGGGGGUCCUCUCUGCACUGGAGCGCUCCACCCUCCUCCACUCGGGGACUGGAUCGGCUGCCUCCAGUGGUGUGCCAAGCCCUGGCCAGCCCGCAUCCCCUGCCAUAAACAAAAAACAGCGACAUAAGCCAGCUGAGGUGAUGAAGAUGCCUCACCCCAUCACUGGAGAAAUUCAGCUCCAAAUCAACUAUGACAGGAACCUAGGAAACCUGAUCGUCCACGUUCUGCAGGCUAGAAACUUAGCCCCGAGGGACAACGAUGGCUACUCUGACCCUUUCGUCAAGGUCUACCUCUUACCGGGAAGAGGCCAAGUCAUGGUUGUCCAGAAUGCAAGUGCUGAUAACAAGAGAAGGACCAAGUAUGCCCAGAAGACAAUGAACCCAGAAUGGAACCAGACAGUCAUCUACAAGAACAUUCAUUUGGAGCAGUUAAAGAAAAAGACACUGGAGGUGACAGUUUGGGACUAUGACAGAACCUCCUCCAAUGACUUCCUUGGAGAGGUGUUGAUUGAUUUGUCAAACACAACCCAGCUGGACAACACUCCUCGCUGGCUGCCCCUGAAGGAGCAGAGUGAGAGUAUUGAGCACAACAGAGUCCAUCAUGCUGCUCAAGGCCCACCAGGGUCUGGGUCUGGUCAGGGACAUGGCCAAGGCCACAUGUCAGGACCUGGUUUGGGGCCUGGGCAUGGUAUGGGACAGGGUCAAGGACUGGGAGACGGAAUUCAUGAUUCACCUAAAAACUCUGUAAUCAAGAGCAGAAGUCAUGGAAUCUUUCCCGAUCCAGCUAAGGACAUGCAGAUGAUCCCUUUGGAGAAGUCACACAGCAGCCCAGGCAGCUCCAAGUCAUCCUCUGAUGGCCAACUGCGCUCCCACGGCCCAUCCCGAAGCCAAAGCAAGAGCAGCGUCACUCAGGCCCACCUUGAGGAUGCUGGCAUAGCCAUCGCUGCCGCCGAGGCUGCCGUCCAACAGUCCCGCCUGCAACCAAGACUAGGACACCGGCUGGGGGAUGUCUCAGGGUCAGUGGUGCUGUCGGCCCCGAGUCUCAUAGGAGACGCCUACGGAGGUCUGGACGGGGAAGAGGGAGCGGGCACUGGAGUUGACAGUGCCAUUUUUCAAGUGCCACGCAUCGGUAAGACUGUUCCCAACGGCACCGACAAAAACCAACUGGGAACCCCAGAAAAUGAAGCUGGUAAAACACAAGUGAUGGGGGAGAUCAAGGUCGCUCUCAAGAAGGAGGUGAAGCCAGAGGGAGACCAGCUGGUUUUGGAAAUCCUUCAAUGCAGAAACAUCACGUACAAGUUCAAAAGCCCAGAUCACCUACCAGACCUGUACGUGAAGCUGUAUGUGGUGAAUGUGGCCACUCAGAAGAGGAUCAUCAAGAAGAAGACCAGAGUUUGUCGACAUGACAGGGAGCCGUCUUUCAACGAGACCUUCAGGUUCCCCCUGAAUCCAACUGGACACGCCAUACAGCUUUUCCUGGUGUCUAAUGGCGGAAAGUUCAUGAAGAAGACGCUGAUAGGAGAAGCCUACAUCUGGCUGGACAAGGCGGACAUGAGAAAGAGAGUGGUCAGCUGGCACAAACUGUUUGUCAGCUCCACUCAGACCAACCCCUGAGCACCACAACAACAACAAGAAGGGGUAGCAGCUCAACAAAAGGUGCAGCCCACGUCAGAGGUCCGAUUUUGACAAAAAUGGAUGAGGCAAAAAAAAAUGUUCAGGAAGAGGAAAUAAAAAAACAAUUUGAUGUAAUUCCUCAGUUAAUAAGUUCAAAGAAUGAGUGAAUAAUGUGCUAAUACCAUAAGAAAUAUAUCAGUCAAACACUGCCAGCACACGUCCACCUCUUCCCAUGUCAAGUCUCUGCCAGUUGUGGACAUUGCUCGUAGGAUGCAAACGUGCAAAUGCCACAUCAGGCACCGAAACAGACUCAACAGCAAUAUGGCUUUUGAGAGCAGUGAUGUCUUUCCUACCAUAGUUCCAAGUCCAUGAUCCACAUUAGACAUUGUUGUUUUGGUGCUGUGCAACUGAGCUAACAUAUCUAUAAACGGGGAGAAGAUUUAAAAGGUGACUUCAACCUGAAUGAGCUUUCGUGUUUUGUGAAAUGCAUCGUUGUACUGCCCACAUGAUGGUUGUGAUGUGUGUGGACAUCAGUGUAUGUAAUGAUGGAGGAAUGCUUAGUGUUUGUAUGAUAGUCAGUUUUAUGAAAAAUAAGAAAAACUAAAAUAACAAAGUCUUUAUGUAGAACCGAGUCAAACAGCUGACCUUCGUUGUGGGAUGAAGAUAAACAUGUACAGCACUUCAGAUGUAGAUAUCACACAUGCCGAUUACAGAACAUAUCAGAGAAUCACAUUGUACAGUGUGAUGUUUAUGUAGUAUACAAAGAUAUCAGAUUCAGAAUAUAUCUAAAUACAGUAUACAUAUAAUAUAAAAUGUCAGAGGAUUAUAUAUGAUGACAUAUAAACUUAUGAUCUCUGCUAGAUUGAGGCUGUGGGUGGCGCACUGACAAUCCACUAGGCUACUUUAGUCCAUGGUGUAUGCAGUCGUGUAGACUGCCAUGUGAAUGUGGACCUAUGUGAGUAAAUGGCUCCUUUGGUCCUGUGAUCACACUGACGCACCACUAGAUCUUCAGCAGGGCUGCGAUACAUUCAAAAAUAACGGUCAAGGUCAACAUCCAUCGACAUGUUGCCAUUUCACUGGCAUGUUAUCGUGCAGGGCAGUUUAGAAUUACAAUAAAAUGAAUUGCUUGUUGUGCUCUGAAGCCCAAAUCACAUUGUGCUGAAUGUUUCAAACCAACUGUUGAGGAUGACGAGGAUUUAUCCCAUCAUUUGUUGUCAUGUGUACGGCGUUUUACUUUAAGGCUGUUGUAGUAGCUCAGAGUGUGCUCAAUAUUUCUUUCUGUGUAGCUGUGAUUACACUGUUGGAACGACAUGUGAUUCACACACGUGUCAAAACCAUGCGUAGACCUGCAACUGUCAGUAUGACAGCUGUGCUUUUUUCUCGUGCAUUAGUAAAACACCCUGGUCUGAGUCCCCCCGCCCC